AGAAAGCGCGCCACCAGUCGAGCGUGUCUUUGGCCCGCGAUGCUGGCGUGCUGACGGACGCCCCAUGGCUGCGCUCUCGAUGAAGGUCCUCGUGCUGGUGGCCCUAGCGGCCGCCGCCGCGCGGGGCCAGUCGGACUUCUCGGACCAGGCAACUAAGCAGUUCCUGGGCAUGCUGUUCGCGCCAUUCGGCUCCAAGCCGAGCGCCACCGCUGCGGCAUCGGCGCCGCUGUACGAGGCCGCGUCACGACCACUGAGGAGUUCAACUUACCACGACGAGCCCGAGUACUCCAAGCCAACCUACAGCCUGACACCGCCGCGUGCGUACAGGCGGCCAGAGUCACCUUACCGGGCUCCAGCCAGCAGCUAUCCGCGAAGUAAGUCACGCUCGGGGCCCUGGAUCUCACCGCCCGAAGAGCACUGGGUGCCUCCGCCCAGCCACUGGGAGCCACAGCCGUGGAACCCACCAAAGCCCAAGCACGGCGCGGUCACCAUCAAGAUCCGUCCCGCCGCACCCGAGGAAGACCACCACCAUCACCAUCACUCUUGGGAGGACCACAGCCACGGCCACGGCCACGACCACGGCCACGACCACGGCCAUGGCUGGCACAUCAAAAAGAAACCGCACUACAAGACUGUCGACGCAAAGAUACGCAUCCCGCCCGUCAAGUUUCGCCUGCACGUGAGCCCCAAGAUCCGUAUCGUGAGCGGCACCAAGGACCCGCUGGAAAGGCCACCACCACCUGAACCUGAGGAGCACUUCCCGUGGGAGAAGCCUAGCACUGGUUGGGAGAAGCCAACAUGGAAGCCGCCUUCCGGAUGGGAGAAGUAUGCAAGCAGCGGAUGGGAAAAGCCCCACUCGGGAGGUUGGGACAGGCCCCACUCGAGUGGCGGCUGGGAUAAGCAACACUCCAGUGGCUGGGACAAGCACCCUUCCAGCGGUUGGGACAAGCAUCCUUCUAGCGGUUGGGACAAGCAUUCCUCCAGCGGUUGGGAUCGACAUUCAUCCAGCGGCUGGGAGAAGCCUACACGGGGCUGGGAGCACCCACCAUCAGGAGGCUGGGAACGAUCAUCGUCGUCGGGGGGCUGGGAGAAGCCAGCGGCUAGUGGCUGGGAACACUACAGCUCUAGUGGCAGCUGGCAAUCACCACCAGGCAGCUGGAAACCGGACACAAGUGCUUGGGACAAGUAUGCCACAGGCUGGGAAGACUCGCACCACAAACAUUUCAAGCCCCAUCAUAGGCACUACCCACCUGACUACCCUCGCUACGACCCCAAGUUCCGCAUCAAGGUUCACCCACAUAUUGUAACCGACCCUCCCCCUUCAACGACAACUACCACCACAGAAGCUCCAACAUCCUCUAGCCUACGCAAUGAACCCCCCAAGCCCGAGGAGCGUGCAGAUAGAGUGGAUACGACAACUGCUAUUACCACAACAACAACAGAGUCUACCACAGCUGCAACAACAGAGUCAACCACGACAGAGUUGACCACGACAGAGCCAACUACAACUACCACAGAGCCCACCACCACCACAACAGAGUUCACCACAACUACAACAGAGCCUACCACAAUCACCACAACUAUUCAACCAACAACCUACAGUGAAAAAACAGUGCCUCCAACACCACCAACAACCACUUUCUACAGUGUGGACCCUGCAGUGGACAUCACCACCCCUGGUGGCCUCGAAAGAGAAGCACCCACAUCAGGGUCACCUGCAGAACAGACCACUUUAAGUCCUGACGAGACCACCAUGAACCCUUCAACGUAUCGUACAGACGAAACAACCACAGCGAUGACAACAGCAGAGACAACUGCAAUGAGCACUACUUACACGGAACCUUACGAAGAACGUGAUGGUGCGACGCCAGAAAUCCUUCCAGAAAAAAGGUCACGAGAUCCAUCUACAACAGAAGCAAGCAAUGAGGACUACCCUGAAAACAAGAAUAGUCAGGACAAACCAAGUGAUCCCAUCCCCGAGAACAAAAAUGCUCAGGACAAACCAAGGGAUCCCAGGUUUCACACAAUUGAUGACGAGAGAGCAUAUCGAAGGGACCAUGGCAAUAAGGCGGAGACCACUACAGUAGAUGAAAACAGUGCAGAAGUUGUAAGCACUACACCAAGCGCUGCACAGACCACACCAGUGGAAUCUGAUGAGCAUAAUGAAGUCACCAUGAAGAAGCCAGAGAGCAGUGCAAAGCCAAGCAAGAUUGACAGGGACCUGCCUCUGAUCGCUGAUCCAUCCAGCCCCGAGGAAGUAUCAGCUACUGGUUUGAACGCAUGACUAGUGUCGAUGUUGGUGGGUGAUGGAGAAGCAAGCCACUGGCACACAGUGCUGGGCUCAGUGGCCAGAGCAGUUAACGAGUACAAGAACUACUACUGAACACUGCACCACAAGUGUCUCAAAGUCCCCAGUGAAAGAAUACAAAAAUGAGACAGAAAUGCCAUACACAAGUUCAUGGUGCAAAUUCAGGCUGCCAGCUUCUCAUGCACAUCCCUGCCAACAUCGAAAGUAUGCUCUUUGUUGAAGAAAUUUGCCUUCGUGCAAAGGAUCCACUGACAUCUUAGUCCAGACACGUUGAAUUGUUGCUCUGCUGUUUACUCCCUUGUUGCAGCUGACGGUGGACAUACUUUAAAACCACUUUGUUGUAAAUAGACAUUCAACAUUACUGAACUCGCAGAGAGUUCUGAAUUAAUGUUAUCAUUCCAGUGUGCCUCUUGGGACAGGUUGUGGAACCCUACUUACUCAAAACAUACUGCCAUAUCAGAAGUGCAGCACAGUUGAAAACUGCCAAGAAUGAAUGCUUUCAUGGAUGGGUCUGUGUGUGUAAGUGUGCGUGCCUGUGGUGGUGGGCAAAAGAACAGUGCAACUGGUGCUUUUUGCAAAUGGUGUUGACACUGCUAAUAAAUUACUUUUGUAAACUUC